AUGGCCCCGCCCCGCCCUGCACCGCCUCCGCUCCCGGUCCCAGCAGGAAAUGGACCGAGCCCGGCGGUUCUGAAUGUGGAACCCGGCCCGGUGCCCGGCUCCGUCUCCCCACGGGCUCUCCUCGACACGAUCGUGCUGCGGGCCCGGCUCGGUCCCGCGGGAAGCGCUCGGGGGUUUAGCGCGCUGUCCCUCACCGUCUCUGCCGCCCUGGGGUUCUGGGGGAGCCUGGGCCGGCGGUGCCGGGACCCCCGACAAGGCGUCCCCGCAGGGCAGGGCCUAGACCCGGGGGCACGCGGGUGUCGCAUCGCUGCGGGACGAUGCGGGGCCGGUCGCCUCGGCCGGGCGGGCCCCGGGUUUCCUGCGGCGGCGCCGGGCAGGAAGCGGCUGCUGGAGGCGGCUUUCCUGCCCCAGGGGCCGGGCGGUGGGAGUGAGCGGCCCAGGGUCCUGCUUCAGCUGGGUCUCAUUUCUGCCCUCCGGACGGGGGCCGGGCGCUGUCCGGGGAGUUUUGGAGUGCGAGGCACCGUUUCCCGGCUCGGGGCAGCGGGAGACGGGCGGCCCCUCCGGGAUGACCGUGGGAUUGGAUCGGAGCCAGCCAGUGCCCGCAGCCCCGCAUCCCUCCCGGGUCCGCACCUGGUGGUUCGCUUAGUCAGCCCGGGAGGGGAACCGGCGUCCCCCCGACCUUCCCGGGCAUUGGCUCGGGAGCGGGCGGGCAGAGCUGGGACGGGCCAGGAACCGGGCACAGCCCCGGUGUGCCGGCAGUUGAAGGAUGCUACUGAGUUACGGUUCCUCGGCUGCUGCUCCUGCCUGUGCUCCAGCGGGAUAAGGGCAGCUUCGUCCCCAGCCUCCUGCUCCCCUCCCCUCGGCCCUGUCCCCUCUGCUAUGCACAGCUCGGCCUGGGAGGAGGAGGCAUCUCCAGUGUGCUGGGACCACCCGGCUUGUGAACUGGAACCAGCUGGGCACCGGGGCUGUGCCUGGCUGUGCAGCCCUGGCACUCUGUGUCCCCUUGCUGCAGGGACGGCGAGUAUGAAGACACUGAGGAGGACAGUAAGGCCCUGGUGCCAUUGUCCCACCGUGGCUCUGGCCCCUGCUGCCAUGGCAUCGCUGUGGUGGGGGUCUCUGCUGCUGGCAGAGGUGGUGUCUGCACCCUCAGGGGAUAGGGCCCUGCCCUCACACAGCCCAUGGGUCCUGCUGGCACUGACAGCACCAUCUGUCCUUCCAGGUCACGACCUGGACCACCAGAGAUUCUGGGGGAGUUGGCCCACUGCCAGGACACCUACCAGGACUGGAUCACCCUCUACUGCUGAGUCCCUUUCCGUGCCACCCUCACAGCCACCCCCGAGGGCAGAGGCUGCUGCUGGGAGCAGAUCAGCAGGUCCGUGCUGAAUACUUCAUCGUUGGGCUGCCUCCCGGGAUGGCUGUGGCUGUGGCCGUGGGGCUCAGCUGCGUCGUGCCCCUCGCAGCUGCUCUCACACUCAGCAGAGCCCAGAAAGGGGCUCAGACUCCAGCAAGCAUCUGCCCAGCCCCUGCCUGCCCCUGUGUCUGUGAGGACCCAGCAGCAAUCCCAUUCCCUCUCAGCCCUGGGAAGUGAUGAAUGGAAUGGGUGGCACCAGGGUGAGGGG